AUGGCAUCAACCAGAACAGCCGAUGAAAUAUUCUCCGAUGAAUCAAGCUUCUACGGCGACGACGAUGAAAAGGCCCAACUGGAAGCAAAAGUCUCACCCUACGACCCAGAGCCAUUCUGGGUAGAAACCCAUCAGAAGCAGUUAUCAACCAUCCAGCAGAAUCUGCGCACGCCGCCGACACGUGCAAAGGCCGCAUCAUCAGACAUUUCUAUGGACGAUGCAUCCCCAGAACCAGGCACCAUACCGCGCAGUAAGCGCGGGAAGACCGAGCCUAUAGCUCGCUUUUUAUCGCGUCUUCCACCUUCAACAACCCAAGCCACGGACGUUGGGCCCUGGAUUUGGAUGUACAAUCCGCAUUUGCCGCCUAAACGGAGUGAUGAUGGGGACAUUCCCACUCUGCUUCGGAAAGGCAGGGAGCUUCUCCAGGACUACGAAAACGAGAGUGCCAUUCUGCGCGAGGCGCAUGAUAAGUCUGGUGCGAAGACUACGGCUGGUUUGACGCGUAAAUUGAAUACAAUGCGGAAGGAGCUUGAGAAGAGUAUUCUUGAUCUUGCGAGGGAGACUGGUGUUACCCAUGGGAAGUGGAUGAUGUUUCCCACUGUUGACCGGGUUGAUGAGUUAUGGGGGACGGUUGUUAGGGCGAUGGAGAAGGGGGAGCUUGGGGAUGCGGCGAAAGUUGCUACCGAUGGUGGGUCUGGGGAGAGUCGUUUGAUUUGUGUUUAUACGGAGGAUUUUUGGGAUGUUGAAGAUGUCAAGCGGGUUGUGAGUAAAUUGGUUGAUAUUGGGCUUGUUGGGAAGGGGUCUCGGUCUGUUUACUACAAGUCUGAUGCGUUCACUUAUCUGGAGAUUAACUCUAAGAAUGAGUAUGGGCUGAAGGCGAGUAUGUAUUCGAGUCGGGAGGUGCUUGGUGGGAAGUAG